CAUCGAGGAGAGUAGCCUUUUCUGGGUGUUUGGAGUCAUACUUUGUGGGAUUGGUAAUAUACAACUCUCAGUCCAAGAACUACGACUAUUGUCCACCAGGUAUGUUUGUGUUUCAUGGAUAGACCUUGACAACAUGACUAAAUGUUAUUGGAUAUGUUGCAUGAUAGUGUUCAAGUGGUCCUAAUUGAGCCUUCCAAUACAGUUAUUGCUCUUUUCCUAUUGAGAGGGGUAUAAUUAGCAUAUGCAGUCUAUUGUCAUAGGUCUGUGGAAAUAAUCUAUAACCAAAUAGGCUAAACUUGUCCUAAAUGACGCAAAUAAAUAUAUUGUACUAGAUUGGAAGGAUGCGGUUCGGCGACGCAGUUCUUGGAACGUCAGCGGUAAAAUUGGGGGUGAAAUCAAGUUUUCAACUCUUCAAGUCCGCGUGUCGCUCCAGGGUCACGAGCUAUGGGAACAGUUUUGAGAUAUAGGAACAGAGAUGCUUAUCACCGAAACAGGAAGGUAGAAUGUGUGGAUGGAUGAUAAAUAAUUACCGGUAGCCAUUUAUAAUAAUCCCUUGUCCUAGCUGUGUCAUUUUUUGGGAGAAGAAAUGCUUUUAAAGAGUUAUGCUGUGUUGGAAGUUUAUUAGAGAAAUGAUAUGUUUCUUUCAUAAUGACAAUUUAUCAUUAUAAUUUCAUGGAAAAGCUGUAUUGUCUAUCCUGCCGCUCCAUGUGAUUGAAUAAACGAUUGAGGCGACCUGUUAGUUCAAAUUUACCGCCUGAUGUUAUAGGCGCAUGUUUCCAAACUGCGUAGUCACUGUGACAGGGUUAAAUCCUCGGGCAAAGUACAUGCUGGUGAUGGACAUAGUCUAGUCUGAUGAUAACAAAUACAAGUGGAGCAGGGAUCGCUGGGUGGUGAGUGGUAUGACUGAGCUCCACCUUCCCAACCGCUUCUUCAUCCACCCAAACUCACCCUCCCUGGGGGAGAGGUGGAUGCAGUGCCCAGUCUCUUUCCACAAGCAAACUCACCAACACCCUCAACUCCAAUAGCCUGGUAAGGCUAGGCACGGAAGACCCUGGCACUAUCUGUGACUCUAAAAGUGCCAUGUCACCAUGAUACUGUUGCAAUAGAUGAUAACCACUGAAUGUUAAGUUUGGUGAUACGACGCAGUAAUAGAUGCUUUGCUUUCAUAUCAGAUACCUCUGUAAAUACAUCAGAUACUGCUGCAGAUAUGAGGAUAUCACCAUGUGGAAUGAGAUGGAGAGUAUUGGCAGGCAUACUUGCUUUGGCAGGUUGCCUAGUUUGAAUGCAGUGGGUGAGGUGGUUCUCCACUCCAUGCAUAAAUACCAGCCCCGCCUGCACAUUGUCCUGUCUCCAGACCUCCACAGCCCUCUGUUAGGGAACUACCUGCGCUUCACCUUCCCUGAGGCAGCCUUUAUCGUUGUCACUGCCUACCAGAACUCAGAGAUAACAAAACUCAAGAUAGACAACAAUCCCUUUGCAAAAGGCUUUCGUGACAACGGGCUGAACAGAAAAAGGUUCAGAGAAAAGGAAGGUCAGAGUUCUGACAAACGAAAUGUAAGACAACGCCUGAUGGAAUCAAAACCUUCCAAUGUACGAUCCAGACCAGUGGAGUCAAAUGAUGAGGCUGAUGUUACCAUCUCCAGCUCUAGCUCAGUGGAUUCCCAUGGUGCAGUAGGAUACAGGACUGAUGACAUCACGUCUCUCUCUGCUGUCCCUGACCCCUUCAUCUCUGCCUUCAUGAACUGGAGAGCUGCAGCCCUGCCCUGUGGCCAAGGGUGAUGGGGGGUUCUGAGAGCGCCCUGUGUAGCCUGGAGAUGAGCCCCUCCUCCUCUGUGUCCGGCAGCCCCCCGGCCCCUUACUGACAUCCUCAACAGGAUCCACUCAGGAAGCACCCAGUGGAAGCUGCUCCAGCCCCAGGCCCAGUAUGAGAGGCCAGGCCUGGGGCUGGACAGGGAGCUCCGGCCACCACAGCCCUACCCACCGCUACCUGACCACGGGCCAGAGUACAUGUCUCUCCAUAGCAUGAUGCUCUACCACCAGAACAGCUUGAUGGGCUCUGUGGGGCCACUAAGAGAUAGCCAUGUGGACAUUCAAGUCCCCUCCUCCUCUCUAGAAUACCCCUAUAAGGCACCUAUGCUUGACUUGGAUUUUGAUGAACAGAGAAGUAAAGCAAUCUCUUGUUCAGUAAACACAACAGGUCAGGUUGACGUUGAAAUUUUGCCUCACAACUUGUCGACCUCUAGUGCCACCUCUGGGUAGAGUUGAGACAAAUGAAUGCAAUAUUGAGUCAUUCCAAGGUAACUGUAUAGUGCAUUUCUCUUUGCUAUGUUAGAUGUUGUUUAGAUGUACAUAUUUUUCAGUUGUAGGAUAGGCAAGUGGUUUGCUAGGAUAAGGAACUGGAGACUAUUCUGCCCUGACAUUUGAUUUGUAUAAUUAGUAAAGAGAACUAAUAAUAAGCAUCACGUCAGAACUAGAACUCAGAAUGUCACAUAUUCUCCCUUUUUCUCUGGACAUUGUAAAUCAUGUGAGAUUUUGUGCAUGUACAGGUACAUCUUGCAGAAGAACAGUAGCUUAUCAAAUAAUAGAACAUGACAAUUAGACUCCUGAUGUUUUGAUGUUAACAUUAGCCCAUCCGCUAGUGUCUGUAUCGUUGUCAUGCCAGAAGAGUUGGCUACAUCCACUACAGCACAUACUGUAUGGGACGAGGAUAAUGUAACAGGCCACUGGUAACAAAUUCUCUGAAAGAAUACUGAGGAAACUGUAUGAGGCAGAACAUUUAUUAUAGGGCAGCACAUAAUACUUUGCCACAGAGUCGAGGAUAUGAGUGUGAUGUUCACGUGCUAAAAUAUCCAUGCUAGACCAGUUUUCCAGUAUUAUUUAACAGUCUAGAAAAUGGACGAAUUCACACAAACAUUUAUUGAGUCUGAAUAGAUACAUUUCAAUAAUGGGUGAUCAAUUUAAACAUGUUUCAUUACAGAUACUCUAUAGAUAAAGGCAUACAAUGUUUGGUCUUCCACCUACAUUCUAGAUCCGAAAGGUAUAUUUUCUGAUCUGAAAGUUGCUUCUACCCUGCUGAAAUUACACCAUCCAUUCAUAGUAAUACAUGAGACAUUUUUGAAAGAGCGUUGACACAACAAUUAGGUGCCAAAAAAGAACAUACAACGGGAGUUUUUCAGCUGAACAAAAACACAAUUUGACCAGGGAAAGCCAUCAGUGUGUCUAGAUGGAAAUGUUGAAGUGUUCUGACUUUAUACAAUUCAAACCAGCCAUUU